AUGGAGUAAGGUGGAGGCCGGUUCGAGCUCCAGUGAUACGGCCAAGCGUAUGGGCUGUUCCCAACCCACAAUCCGAAACCUGCAUGAAUGUCACAACACGACAGGCUCUGUUGACGAUAGACACAUCCAGGGCGUGAGAGAGUGACAACCCACAACCGGGAUCGCUACAUCUGCAUCUGCACACCUGCGGGACCGGUUUCGCCGGGCCAGUCGUACAGCAGGGAAACAUCCGGAUCAGCAGACCCACUGUGCAUCGACCCACUAUUGACUGUUGUGACUUCGUUUUUUGCAGCGAGCAGGCCACUUCCUGGUUCCUCGUGGAUAGCAGCAUUCGUCGCUUCCUGCCGGGCUAGUUGACCGUCCGAGCACCCGGUCCCUCCACCUCGUCACAUGUGGACCAUCCAUGGUAGGAUGUGCUGAGCAGGUGCACCACCAAUCGGCUGGGGAGGGGCCACGCAUCCCUGCCUCAUGUUUUAUGCACGGCGUCUCUACAUUUGAUGACUGGCAACAUGGCGACAGGAGAGUGAGCAAUAUUAUGUCAGCAGAGAGGGAGCAGAGCCUGGGGGCGCUGCCCAUGGACAGCUGGAUGACUCACAUGCCGCCCUCCUUGUGGGACACCCCGUUGUACCACCUGGCCAUCCCGGGCAGCCAUAACGCCAUCACAUACUGUCUGGAUAUGAAUCACACAUGCCCUGUCGACCUCGCACAGCCCGACAUGCUUCAAAAGCUGGACCGCUGCAUGAAGCCCCUCAUUCGGCCCUUCCUGUACAAGUGGGCCAUAACGCAGGAGUACUCGGUGGGACAGCAGCUAAACUGCGGGGUCAGAUACUGUGACCUGAGAAUCGCACACCGGCCCAACGACCGCUCCACCGACCUCUACUUCUACCACGGCGUUUACACCACGCUCACAGUGGAGAUGGUUCUGGGUGAGAUUCGGGAGUGGCUGGACGCUCAUCCCAAAGAGGUGGUCAUCCUGUCCUUCAGCCACUUCCUGGACGUGAGCAGCGAGCUCCACACGCUGCUCUUGGCCAGCAUACGCCACAUCUUCUCUUCCAAACUCUGUCCCAAAAUGGAAGCACUAACCCUUAGAAAGCUGUGGUCUGCUGGCCACCAGGUGAUUGUGUCAUACGAGCACAUCAUCACCAGCCGCCACCGCUACCUGUGGCCUCACAUUACGUACUGGUGGGCCAACAAGUGCAAGGCCGAGGACCUCAUGGAGGCCAUUGAGCGCAGGAAGCAGCGUGGCAGACCAGGAGGGUUUUUUGUCACCGGAAUAAACUUGACGGAAGACCUCAAGUACAUUUGCACACAUCCAACAGAGUCCCUUAAAGACUUGGUGAUGUCUAGCAACCCCAAGCUUCUAAGAUGGGUCAAUAAGCAGACGCCUGGCAGCAAGCCGGACUCGCUCAACAUCAUCGCCGGCGACUUCAUCACUGAGGGUCACUUUGCACCGACUGUCGUUGCGCUCAACGACAAACUACUGCAACACCCCUAAAUAAUAUAUGCAUUCGCGUACAAAACAAAUGGGAACUAAAUCACAAAGCAUGACAUUUUGUUUUACCCUAUGACUCAAAUACUUGAAUAUGAAUUCUAACUUUAAACAAUGUUAUGCAAUGAGGUGACCAAAGCAAUAACAAGACAGGUAAUGUCACCUUAGCGUUGGCAUGUUUUUACACAGUUAUAAGCACAAAUGACAUGUAAGCAAGGCACUGUUGCUGUUUUUACUGCAUGGUGGAAAUGCUCUUAGCAUGACUUUCACUCUCCUACCGUCUUGACUUUAACGCUGCACCACUGUGCCUAAAAAACUGGGCCUUUUUCAAUAAAAAACGGUCGCAUGAUCUUUGGAAAGGAGUAGUGGAGUGGUCAUGCGCUAAAGAGUCGAUUCCCAUCAAGUGAGAGACAACUUUCCUUUUGCACACUCGGCUGUCACUCUCAGCCCUCGCUUUGUGACAGAGGAAAUUUGUAUUGAUAGACACACCAUGAGGCCUAUCACACGUGAGGAUGCAGGAGCAUACCAUUAGACACACCAUGAGGAUAAAAAAAAGAAAGAGAAAAUAUUAAAGAAAAAAAGCUGUAAUUUAACAAGACAAAGUAAUAUUUUUUCUGAGAAUAUUAUGAGGACAAAUAACAGUUGGUAUAAAGAAAAUAUAUAUUUAAGUCAAAUAUUAUGAGUGGGGGAGCGGGGUUGCUAAUAGCUAAUAGUUUCCCACCACAAUUAGUGGCCACAUUAGAUGUUAGCAAUGCUGUAGAAAACCUACCACAAAAAUGCUAAAGCUAGUUACCAUUGAAAGAUGUCUUUAAGUAACCUCUUUUCUUGAGAAAAUUCGGACUCUCCAGUCUCUACUUUGGGAUCAGAUUCGGGAUCCAACACAUAAGAUUGUCAUUUAUUAUCAACUCCUAUACUGUUUGCAGUUAAUGGCACAAACCGCAAGUCCUUUUAAGUACUCGUGAGUGUGACCAACCACAGCAGAGUGGGCGUGCCUGGAGUCGGGCCGUGGGUGGAAUACAUUAAAAAAGACCAUGAAAUCCAAAUAAAUACAGCCGAAUAGGUGCAGAUUCUGAAAGAACUAUGAAGCUUUGUGUGCUGGUUAUUGUGUGUAGCUGCUCUAUAGGAGUCCACAACUCAAUAUAAAGGGCCGGAAAAUGAGCAUAAUAGGUCCCCUUCA